AAGUAUAUCUUAUUUUCUCAACUUUUUUUUUAUUCCUAAAAAAGUGAAAAAAAAUAUGGUUGCAAAGUUGGUAUAAAAAGGAACACGAGAACAUGCAUGAUUUUGAUUCAUUUCAUUUUCAGAAAUAGAAAGAAACAUAAAAAAGAGAGGAGAGGAGCAUCGCACAGAAAAUCACGCACGCGUACAAUCACAAUCUCAUCGGAAAGAGACGACACACACACCUUUUCCUUUCUCAUUCCCCAUUGCACAACCAAAUUCCCUCUCUCUCUCUCUCUCUCUCUCUCUAGGGUUUCAUCAAAUCCUUAAAAUUCUUUCCUUCUCUCACGCCAUUGCUUCCAUUUUACGGUUUGCAAAAUGCCCCAAGCAAAGGAAUUCAGUGAUUUGAAGGAAAUUGUUUGAACAUGCAUAUAGAAGGAACAAGGAAGGUUGUUAAUUAUUGAGUUAAGAAAAUGGAUUCUGCUAGGAGUUGGCUUCAGAAGUUGCAGCCUCGUGAUAAACUGAAGGCAAAGAAGAGAGAUGAAGAUGGUAAUAAUGAUGGAGAUGGAGAUGGAGAUUCGACAUCACCUGUCGAUGAAGCAUUGCUUUCUGAUGUCACCAAACAGAAGGUUGCCGCGGCAAAGCAGUAUAUUGAAAAUCAUUACAAGGAGCAAAUGAAGAACCUUCAGGAGAGGAAGGAGCGUCGAACCAUCUUGGAAAAGAAGUUGGCUGAUGCUGAUGUCUCUGAAGAGGAUCAAAGCAACUUGCUUAAGUUUUUAGAGAAAAAGGAAACUGAAUAUAUGCGCCUUCAGAGGGCCAAGAUGGGCGUUGAUGAUUUUGAGUUAUUAACUAUGAUUGGAAAAGGUGCAUUUGGAGAGGUCAGAGUCUGCAGAGAGAAGACUACUGAUCAUGUAUACGCAAUGAAAAAACUAAAGAAAUCAGAGAUGCUUCGCAGAGGCCAGGUUGAACACGUCAAAGCGGAAAGGAAUCUCCUCGCAGAGGUUGACAGCAAUUGCAUAGUCAAACUUUACUGUUCUUUCCAGGAUGAUGAGUAUCUUUAUCUUAUUAUGGAGUAUCUACCGGGUGGAGAUAUGAUGACUCUACUUAUGAGAAAGGAUACCUUGACUGAAGAUGAAGCCAGAUUUUAUGUUGGAGAAACUGUUCUGGCUAUUGAAUCUAUACACGAGCACAAUUAUAUACACAGGGAUAUCAAGCCUGACAACUUAUUACUUGAUAGAUAUGGACACUUGAGACUGUCUGACUUUGGACUUUGUAAACCAUUAGACUGUAGUCAGCUUGAAGAAAAGGAUUUUUCUGUUGGUCAGAAUGCAAAUGGAUCUACACAUAAUGAGACCGGUUCAACUCCAAAACGCACACAACAAGAACAACUGCAAAACUGGCAAAAGAACAGGAGGACACUUGCUUAUUCCACAGUUGGUACACCGGAUUAUAUUGCUCCAGAAGUUCUUUUGAAGAAAGGGUAUGGGAUGGAAUGUGAUUGGUGGUCACUCGGUGCUAUCAUGUAUGAAAUGUUGGUGGGAUAUCCACCUUUUUAUUCUGAUGAUCCAAUGACAACAUGUAGGAAGAUAGUGAACUGGAAAUCUCACUUGAAAUUUCCUGAGGAAGCUGGGCUAUCGCCAGAGGCUAAAGAUCUUAUUAGUAGACUUUUAUGUAAUGUCAAUCAUAGGCUGGGAUCAAACGGUGCUGAUGAAAUAAAGGCUCAUCCGUUCUUCAAUGGUGUUGAAUGGGAUAAACUAUAUCACAUUGAAGCUGCAUUUAUACCUGAGGUCAAUGAUGAAUUAGAUACUCAGAAUUUUGAAAAGUUCGAUGAGGCUGACUUCGAAACUCGACCGUCAUCAAAAGCUGGUCCAUGGAGGAAGAUGAUUUCAUCUAAGGACUUCAAUUUUGUUGGAUACACAUACAAGAACUUUGAAAUUGUCAGCGAUUAUCAAGUUCCUGGGAUGGCUGAACUGAAGAAGAAACCCUCCAAAUCAAGGAGACCAUCCAUUAAGUCACUUUUUGAUUCCGAUUCAGAGGUGUCUGAGGUUUCUGAUACAUCUGCAAGUGAUCAACCUGUUCAAGGAAGCUUUUUAAACCUCUUGCCGCCCAAGUUAGAGCCAUCUAAUAGCGAGAGGAAUCUUACUCAUGAGUCCUAACAAGGGAAUCUCGUGAUCUAUUGAGUCAAAUAGUGUAGGUAUCAUCAUAACUCAUGCAUAUAUUUGACUAUUUCUAUGCUUUAAAUGUCACUCUUGAUGCAAUUCCUUGUUGGACUUGUUAUUGGUUACACUAAUUAAUUGUUAUGAGAAAAGGAAAGAAGAAAGUGUUGUCCUCUUGAAUCAUGUAAUUAACCUCAAGCUGGCUUCGACAAGUCUUUUCUGGUUGCAACUAUUGAAUUGUAAAUCUCUUACCGUCCAUUGUCAAAUAUGCUACUCUGUAAACAGAUACCUGGUGUCAUUGAAUUGUGGAUACAAUGUAUUUUACUAUUCAUGUUCUUUUUUACAUUAUUUAUAACAAAACAUUUGUCUGUAACCCUGAAGUGUAAUCACUGACAAGUACUUUUGUUUUACAAGUCAUACAUUAAAUUAAAUUUAUUGAAGUCCAUUUUGAGACAAA